AUGGAGGAACGUGCCAUUCUGCCCGUUAUGAAAUAUAUAAAAGAAAAAUUAAAGUCACUCAUAGAAGAGAAUAAAGCAUUAAAAGAAGAAGUACACACAUUAAAAACCAAAGUCCAGUUCUUAGAAAAACAAAGCAAAAUUAAUAAUAUUAUUAUUAUUCAUGGAAUACAUGAAUCGGAGAAUAAUUACACUGAGCUGUUAGAGCUUAUUUUAGAAAAAAUAAAUAUUGUCAGUAAGAAUGCAAAUAUUGAUAAGUUUAACAAAAAGCAAAUCAGUAACGUACGAAGAUUGGUGCAGAAAAACAUUAGAAAUUCAAGACCAAUACUAAUAACUUUAACAUUAGCUUGGAGAAAGGUUGAACUUCUGAGGAAUAGAAAAAUGUUUCCGAAGAAUAUAUAUGCAACAGAGGACUAUCCAAAAGAAGUUUUAAUCAAGAGAAAAGAACUAAAAAUUCAACUUAAAGAAGAAAUUUCUAAUGGAAAACUGGCCUACAUCAGAUAUGACAAACCAAUAGUUAAGGAUAAACAAAUUGAAAAAGAAAACGGGCACUGUCUACCCCACCUGCUGACUCUGUUGAAGACACAAGCAAGAAUGAGAGUAAAACUACACCAGUGA